UGGGGUCGUAGCCAGCACGCGGAGUGACAGUCUUCACGUCCACUGGGAGUCAACCAUCAGGUAACCCAGAGCGCGGCCAGCCCGCCCAGCAGCGCCCUGGGAGGGAGGACUCCAUGAGACGGCGCUGCCCCGGGUCCACUGCCCCCAAUGGAGCGCCAAGAUGCUUUCGUGGAUGCCGCCGUGCUGGACUUCGUGGCCGAUCUCUCCCUGGUCACUCCUGGGGGCUCGCUUCUCUACGACCUUGCCCCUGGGGGCUCCCUGGGAGAGCGGGCCCUGGCCCUCCGAGGGGGCGUGGCCCGGGGCCUGCAGCCUUUCGAGGAAGAAGACGAAGAGGACGAUGAAGAAGAAGAGGAGGAUGAGGGUGAGGGAGAUGGGGAGGGAGAUGGAGGAGAGGAAGGAGAACCCAGGAAGGGUACCUCCCUGCUACUGGGCCGCCCCAAGAGGAAAAGGGUGAUAACCUUGGCCCAGCGGCAGGCGGCCAAUAUCCGCGAGAGGAAGAGGAUGCUCAACCUCAACGAAGCCUUCGACCAGCUCAGGAAGAAAGUGCCCACCUUUGCUUAUGAGAAGCGCCUAUCGCGGAUCGAGACUCUGCGCCUGGCCAUCGUGUAUAUCUCCUUCAUGACGGAGCUGCUGGCCAGCUGCAAGAAGCAGGAAGCAAGCCCAGACCCCCGGCCUUAGAGAGAGGCCGCACGACGACACUGAGGGCUUUCAGCAAAGAGCUGAGGGGGACAGCUUGGUGGUGUAGGCAGAGGAGGGAGUGGGAAUGGCUCAAAAACAUGAACGUCCAGCUUCCUGGACCACAACUGAAUGCACUUGGGAAGCAUUCCCGGAUAAGACACCGUAGCCCACAGCCACCCUACUCCCCAAAGUCUAGCUCCCCUCGAAAUUGUAGAGACUGUAGAUUUAAUAUAUGCCAAUCUAUAUCUAACUGGUGUCGGGAGAAGAAGGGCGCUUUUCCCCGACCUUGGCAUGGGACUGAUUCAAGAGAGCACUUGGGAUGCUCCUUUGUAUUGCCCAUCUCAGUCAUUUGGACAGGGAAUGGAGAAUAGUCGGCUGGGUGGGUUGGAGCGGGGAUCUGAGCUCCACCAUUCUCUCUGAGGUGUCUCCUUUUCUCUAACGUUUGUGCAACUAAAUAAUAAAU